AUGACCGCUUAUAUGGAGGACGGGUUUGGAAAGGAAACGCAGAACGCGGUAGAACUUGAGCUGGCAGCCUUAUCGAACCAGUGCUGCGGCGAGAUGUCGACGGCCGGCGGGGCGGGCGCGGGCGGCGGCGGCGGCGCGCCCACCGCGGUCUUCCCGCUGCCCGGCUCCUUCCCCUGGGCCAACAGCUCCAGGGGCAAGCCGCGCCGCGGCAUGAUGCGGCGCGCCGUCUUCUCCGACCUGCAGCGCAAGGGCCUCGAGAAGCGCUUCCAGAUCCAGAAGUACAUCUCCAAGCCUGACCGCAAGAAGCUCGCCGAGAAGCUCGGCCUCAAGGACUCGCAGGUGAAGAUCUGGUUCCAGAACAGGCGCAUGAAGUGGCGCAACUCCAAGGAGCGCGAGCUGCUGGCGAGCGGAGGCUCCCGCGAGCAGACGCUGCCCAACAAGAACAACCCGCACCCCGACCUCAGUGACGCCGAGCAGCAGCAGCAACAGCAGCAGCCGGGGGCCAGCAGGCCGCUCCCGGACGAGGAACUCACGCCCCCGGAAGACGACGAUGACGACGAGGAAAUCAACGUCACGUGA